AACUUUGGAUCCAAACACUUCCUUAUUACAAUAAAGUUUUAUGACUCAUAUUUUUGACCACCCACCAUUUUUUUUCUUUUAUUUACCAAAAUAAAAAGAAAAAAACAUAAUUUUUGUUCAUGAUCUUUUCUUAAAGUAUAUGUUUAUGAAGGGCUCUCAAAACCAACAUCAUUUAUCUUUAGAAAACAGAAAAAAUGUUGCUAAGAAACUCCAUAACCAAUACUAAGAAGUUUUUUCAGAAAACAUUAGAAAAUUUCAAGUCAUUUCUUUCAACAGGAAACACAUAUCAGAAACUACCUAAAACACCUCCAUUUCACCCAUUCUCUUGUGGGCCCAAUCCAAAUGAUCAAUUGGAUCAUAACAAUGAUUUGGAUAAUUUCUACAAUGAGUUCACAAAUCAAUGGGAUUUAUCCAAGAAAAAGAUGAAAAAAAAGGCUCAAAAAAAGAAUCACAAGUUUUUCUUACAAGACUGUCAGAGAGAAAGCAUCAAUUUUUCUGCAAUAACUGAAGAAAAUGUGAAAAACCCAGAAAAAAAUGGUGAUUUUGAGACUAAAAAAAGUUAUAUUAAUGCAGAAAAUGGAGAUAUUUUGAAGAAGAAGAGGUUUAAUAUAAUAAACCCAGGGAUUAUGAGGAAGGCUGAAUUGUGUUCAAGAAGUGUAAGAGAAAAAAGGGUGUGUUUUGUAGAAGAGAAAUUAAAGGAAUUAGAGAUGAUGGAUAAGGGAAAUGUUGAUUAUAAUAAGGUUGAUUUUGAAGAGUUUCUGCAUUAUUAUUCAAGGCUUACAUGUCCAGCUUAUCUUGAUAUAGUUGAUAAGUUCUUGAUGGAGAUGUAUACCGAGUUUUUCAAUCCUCAGGUGUGUCUGAAUGUUAAGAAUUUGAGACCUAUUCUUCAGGAUUAGAGAAGUUACAGGUAGUUUUGGUUUGAUUAUUUGUUGAUCGUUGAUCGCUGAUUGUUGAUUGUUGUUGAUCGAUGAUGAUGAUGAUUAUUGCUAGGUUUCUAAUAAUGAUUGAGUGUGCUUUAUGCUUUGUAACAAUGAAAAAUUUGACAGUUUUUAUGUAAUUACGUUGUACUGUACUUGCUAUAUUUGACUUU